GGCCAGUGCGUUUUUGUGAAGGUGUCGUGUGUAGUAAGUAGUUGAUUAGUAGACAUCCGUACAUUUCCUCUUCGUUCAUCUGCAUGCUUUUUUUUUGAAAUUUAUACGUAGGUUGUGGAUAAUGACUGGAAGCCACCGAACCUGAUUAAUGCAGAAAGACACGGGAAAGUCGGUAGAAUUGUUGAAACACGACCAUUUUGACACGGAAACACAAUUUUGACUUUGAGCCAGCGAGUAAGAGUACCAAAAAUCGAAACAGAACGAGGCUGCAACGAUGUGGUCUUCGCGUGUCUUCUUGCGCUCGUCGCUAGUGCCGGCCCUUUUCUCUAGUGCCAGCGCAUCCGCAUUGGCAAGCCUGACCCAGUACUGGAUGGAUUAUUUGUUUCCGGAGAGUCGUGGUCCUCCGAGUGUGAAAGUACUCGUUACCGGAUUAAACGGUGAGUGCCUACUGGAAACGACGCUCGAUGCUGACGCGAAUAUCGCCGAGGUGGUGGCUCAGUGGCAUGAACAAAACCCGGAGAAGGGCGACAAUGCUUAUGACUUGAAAAUACUGGAAAGCGAUGGGCUAACGAUUUUGGAUCCGUUGGCGAAGUUGCACGAAUUGUUGGAGGUAAGGCGGGUCGUUGAGUUUCAGAUCGAAGAGAAAGGGAACAAUGAGAACUCGCGAGGGAGCGCUACCACUACUAGUAGUGAUAACUUUGCAGUUGCACCACCACAAGAAGGUAGAAAUAAGGGAAGAGGACAAAAUCCCGCGGGCGUAUUGUUGAGGUUGACUGGGGUAAUUGUGCAGGGAGACCUUAUUCCUCCAGCAGAAGUCGAUCAUGAGGACUAUCAGAAACGAUGGGAUGACUUUACCUCCCCAUUCUUCGCAGGACUCUCAUGGUUAUGA